AUGGGUCAAGUUGCCCAGGAAAGAUUACGUCCUACUCCACCUUUCUACCAUACUUCACUAGACUUAUUUGGCCCUCUUACUAUUAGAGAUACGGUAAAACGUAGAACAUAUGGAAAAGCUUAUGGGGUAAUAUUCAAUUGCCUUGUUUCACGAGCAGUAUAUGUAGAUUUGGCAGAAAGUUAUGACACAAAAGGUUUCUUGACAGUUUUCCAGAGAUUUUUAACUAUUAGAGGAUAUCCUAAGACCAUACAUUCUGAUUUGGGAAGUCAAUUAGUUUCUGCUUGCAAGGAACUCAGGUUAGACAAGUCAAAGAUUCAAAAAUAUGGUGCUAACGGUGGUACUACUUGGAUUUUCAAUAAGUCUGCUGACGCUCCUUGGCAGAAUGGAUGUAGCGAAGCACUAAUAAAAUCUGUUAAACGUGCUACUCAUUGCUAUUGGCGAUAG